CCGCAGCGGGGCCGCCCCGGCCCGUCCCGUCCCCAUGGGGCCCCGCUGACCCCCCCCUCCCCUUCCCCGUCCCCCCCUCCCGCCCCCGCCGCCGCCGCCGCCAUGGCGGACCCCGCCCCCGCCCGCAGCCUCGACGACAUCGACCUCUCCUCCCUCCGGGACCCCGCCGGCAUUUUCGAGCUGGUGGAAGUCGUCGGCAACGGGACGUACGGGCAGGUCUACAAGGGCCGGCACGUGAAGACGGGGCAGCUGGCUGCCAUCAAGGUCAUGGACGUGACGGAGGACGAGGAGGAGGAGAUCAAGCAGGAGAUCAACAUGCUGAAGAAGUACUCGCACCACCGCAACAUCGCCACCUACUACGGCGCCUUUGUCAAGAAGAGCCCCCCUGGCAACGACGACCAGCUCUGGCUGGUGAUGGAGUUCUGCGGCGCCGGAUCCGUCACGGACCUGGUGAAGAACACGAAGGGCAACGCGCUGAAGGAGGACUGCAUCGCCUACGUGUGCCGCGAGAUCCUGCGGGGCCUGGCGCACCUGCACGCGCACCGCGUGAUCCACCGCGACAUCAAGGGCCAGAACGUGCUGCUCACCGACAACGCCGAGGUCAAGCUGGUGGACUUUGGGGUCAGCGCCCAGCUGGACCGCACGGUGGGCCGCCGCAACACCUUCAUCGGCACGCCGUACUGGAUGGCGCCCGAGGUCAUCGCCUGCGACGAGAACCCCGAGGCCACCUACGACUACCGGAGCGACAUCUGGUCCCUGGGCAUCACCGCCAUCGAGAUGGCCGAGGGGGCGCCGCCGCUCUGCGACAUGCACCCCAUGCGCGCCCUGUUCCUCAUCCCCCGCAACCCCCCGCCCCGCCUCAAGUCCAAGAAGUGGUCGAAGAAGUUUGUGGAGUUCGUGGAGAGCUGCCUGGUGAAGGCGUACCCGAGCCGGCCGGGCACCGAGCAGCUGCUGCAGGCGCCCUUCAUCCGCGAGCAGCCCGCCGAGCGGCAGGCCCGGCUGCAGCUGCGCGACCACAUCGACCGCUCCCGCAAGCGCCGCGGCGAGAAAGACGAGACGGAGUACGAGUACAGCGGCAGCGAGGAGGAGGAGGACGGCCGCGGGGAGGAGGGGGAGCCCAGCUCGCUGCUGGCGGUGCCGGGGGAGUCGACGCUGCGGCGGGAGUUCCUGCGGCUGCAGCAGGAGAACAAGGCCCGCCCCCCCGAGGCGGCCCCGCCCCCGGCCCCGCCCCCCGGCCCCGCCCAGCUGCAGCACCUGCUGCUCCAGCGGCAGCUCCGCCUCCAGCAGCAGCGCGACGAGCGGCGACGCCUCGAGGAGCAGCAGCGGCGGGAGCGGGAGCAGCGGCGGCGCGAGGACCUGCAGGCGCUGCGGCGCGAGGAGGAGCGGCGGCAGGCCGAGCGCGAGCAGGAGUUCAUCCGGCACAAGCUGGAGGAGGAGCAGCGGCAGCUCGAGAUCCUCCAGCAGCAGCUGCUGCAGGAACAGGCCCUGCUGCUGGAGUACAAGCGGAAGCAGCUGGAGGAGCAGCGGCAGUCGGAGCGGCUCCAGCGGCAGCUCCAGCAGGAACACGCCUACCUCAAGUCCCUGCAGCAGCAGCAGCUGCAGCCGCCCGCCGACGCCGGACGCCUGGGCCCCCGGGGCCGGGGCGCCGCCCCCGCCCCCGCCGAGGCCCCCGCCUGGGCCCGCGAGGCAGACGAGCGCCCGCGGCUGCCGCGGCCGAGCUCCCCGGCGGCUCCGGCCAAGUCGCCGCCGUCGUCGUCGUCGUCGUCGUCGUCGUCCCCCGCGGUGGCGGGGGGGGCACCGGAGCCGCCCCCCCCCGCGGCGCAGACGCCCCCCAUGCAGCGGCCCGUGGAGCCCCAGGAGGGGCCGCACAAGAGCCACGUGGCGCACCGGGUGCCGCUGAAGGCGGCGGCGAUGGCGGCGGCGGUGCCGCGUUCGCAGUCGCUGCAGGAGCAGCCGGGCCGGGCCCUGGCCGCCGCCGCCGCCGCCGUCGUCCCCCCCCCCGGCGCCCCCCGCCCCGUCCUGCGGCAGAACUCGGACCCCACCUCCGAGACCCCCCCCGAGGGGCCCUGGCUGCGGCGGCCGCCCGAGGCCCCCCCCAAGGUGCCGCAGCGCACGGCCUCCAUCGCCGCCGCCCUCGACGCCGCCGCCCGCCCCGCCCACGCCGUCCGCGCCAGCAACCCCGACCUGCGGCGCAGCGACCCGACGUGGGAGCCGGGCGCCGACGGUCGUCCCCAGGCCGGGUCCCUGGAGCGCAACCGGCUCGGAGGCGCGGCCCGGCGCGACGCCUCCCCCCUGCUGCCCCCCGCCGGCCCCCCCCGGGGUGACGACCGCCGCCGCCCCCCGGCGCUGCUGCUGGUGCGGGAGCGCCCCGAGGAAGCGCCGCGGCCGCUCACCAAGGCCAUGGACUACUCGUCGUCCAGCGAGGACGGGGACGGGGACGGGGACGGGGACGGGGACAGCAGCGAGGACGAGGGCGACGCCGGGCCCGGCGGCCCCGCCGAGGGCGGCAGGGCGCGUGACGGGGACACGGACAGCGUGGACACCAUGGUGGUGCACGAGCUGGAGGAGGCGGCGGGCGGCGAGGGGGCCCCGCCGGCCCCGCGGGAGGAGGGGGGGCGGCUGCCCGCCGAGGCCAACGGCUACCCCAACCUGCCCGACGUGGUGCAGCCCAGCCACGAGCCCCCCCCGCCCGGCAAGGAGCCCCCCGACUUCCAGCGGCGGGGGCUGGUCAAGGCCCCCCCCACCGCCACCUUCUCCGUCUUCGUGGACCUGGGGCUCUACCAGGGCGCCGCCCCCCCCGAGCCCGGCCCCGGCCCCGGCCCCGGGCGUGCGGCGGGGCUGCGCAAGGGCUCGGUGGUGAACGUGAACCCGGCCAAGCCGCGGCCGCCCAGCGACGCCCCCGAGAUCCGCAAGUACAAGAAGCGCUUCAGCUCCGAGAUCCUCUGCGCCGCCCUCUGGGGCGUGAACCUGCUGGUGGGCACCGAGACGGGGCUGCUGCUGCUGGACCGCUCGGGCCAGGGGAAGGUCUACGGCCUCAUCGCCCGCCGCCGCUUCCAGCAGAUGGACGUGCUCGAGGGCCUCAACCUGCUCACCACCAUCUCCGGGAAGCGGAACAAGCUGCGGGUGUACUACCUGUCGUGGCUGCGCAACAAGAUCCUGCGCAACGACCCCGAGGUGGAGAAGAAGCAGGGCUGGACCACGGUGGGCGACAUGGAGGGCUGCGUGCACUACCGCGUGGUGAAGUACGAGCGGAUCAAGUUCCUGGUCAUCGCCCUGCGCAGCUCCGUGGAGGUCUACGCCUGGGCCCCCAAGCCCUACCACAAGUUCAUGGCCUUCAAGUCCUUCGGGGAGCUGCCGCACCGGCCGCUGCUGGUGGAGCUGACGGUGGAGCAGGGGCAGCGGCUCAAGGUGAUCUACGGCUCCGGCGCCGGCUUCCACGCCAUCGACGUCGACUCGGGCAGCACCUACGACGUCUACGUCCCCGUGCACAUCCAGAGCCAGGUGACGCCGCACGCCAUCAUCUUCCUGCCGGAGACGGCGGGGCUGGAGAUGCUGCUGUGCUACGAGGACGAGGGCGUCUACGUCAACACCUACGGGCGCAUCACCAAGGACGUGGUGCUGCAGUGGGGCGAGACCCCCACCUCCGUGGCCUACAUCUGCUCCAACCAGAUCAUGGGCUGGGGCGAGAAGGCCAUCGAGAUCCGCUCCGUGGAGACCGGCCACCUCGACGGCGUCUUCAUGCACAAGCGGGCGCAGCGCCUCAAGUUCCUCUGCGAGCGCAACGACAAGGUGUUCUUCGCCUCGGUGCGCUCGGGCGGCAGCAGCCAGGUUUAUUUCAUGACGCUCAACCGCAACUGCGUCAUGAACUGGUGACGCCCCGAGCCCCGCCCCCGCCGGAGCCACGCCCCCGCCGGGAGCCACGCCCCCAUCGGGAGCCCCGCCCCCUGCCGGGAGACACGCCCCCUGCCGGGAGCCCCGCCCCCUGCCGGGAGA